CUCAGUAAUCGACACAAAACAGAACAGAAGAAAGGAGAAGAAAGGAGUGAAUCGAAAUCGAAAUUGAAAUUGAAAUUGAAAUUGAAAAUGGCUGUGAUGGAGAGGCUCAGAAUGUUCGUUGCUCAAGAACCAGUUGUCGCUGCUUCUUGUCUCAUCGCUGGCUUUGGCCUUUUCCUUCCUGCUUUUGUGAGGCCUAUGCUGGACACAUAUCGAGCAGCCGAGCAACCACCUCAACCUGCUUUGAGCGAUGUGGUUGCAGGUAUGACUGGUAAAAAGUAAGCUGAUUCACUUGGGAUACAAGGGAAUAAUUGGCAACUUCUCUGUUUGGACUUUUUUUUUCAUCUGUGAGUAAUAAAAGUACCUAGUUACAAAAUAUUUGAUUGAGAAUCCAUUUGUAACAAUCUAUCUGUUCCAGAUUAAUCCAGAGGCUUCAUUUAAUAUUUAAGUUAAGUCUUUGGUUGAAUGUCAGUUUAUUCUGCCACCUGAUGUAUUUUGCCUCUACUAGCUAAUGCACUUUCUGAAUUGUUCCUCUAGUGACAAUAAGGAGUUUUGUUUAGCUUACUUGAAUACAUGAAUGUUGUUUAUAAAUCGAAUUGUCAUUUAAUAUUAAGGACAUGACUACAGCUUAAUGUUA